AUGAUUAAUAUCCUUAUUUGCCCUGUGCCCUGCCCCGCGCCCCGGGGUCUGGGCCCAGCUGGCCCGGGCCCCAGCCCCAGCCCGGCCCCAGCCCGUGGCCCAGCCCCGCCCCCAGCCCGCUCCAGUCCGCCCCACCAGCCCCAGCCUGCCCAGCCCAGCUCAGCCCCACCAGCCUGGCCUCAGCCUGGGCCCCAGCCCUGGCCCCCAGCCCGUGCCUGGCCCUGCCUGGCCCCAGCUGGGCUCCAGCCCAGUGCCCGGCCCCAGCCUGGGCCCCAGGUGCCCGCCAGCCCGCCCUGGCUCAGCCUCCAGCCCUGCCUGGCCCGCCCUGGCCCCCAGCCCGGGGUCAGCCCGGCCUCCAGCCUCCUGGCCCAGCCUGGGCUCAGUCUGCCCCGCCUCCGCCUCAGCCCCUGGGCUCCAGCCUCCCAGCCUCCCCAGCCCUGCUCAGCCUGCCUGCUCCAGCCCGCCCCCAGCCUCAGUCUGGCCUCAGCCUCCUGCCUGCAAAGCCUGCCUCCCGGGGCUCAGCCUGCCUCAGCCUGGCUCAGCCUCCGCUCAGCCUCCGCCUCAGCCUGCCUCAGCCUGGCUCAGCCUGCCUGCGCUCAGCCUGCCCGUGCCUGGCUCAGCCUGGGCUCAGCCCCAGUCUGGCUCAGCCUGGCCUGCUCAGCCUGCCAAACCCGCCCUGCCCUGUGCUCAGCCUGGCCCCAGCCCCGCCCAGUGCCUGGGUCCCCAGCCCAGCCUGCCCCCAGGGCUCCAGCUCAUUCUGCCCACCAGCCCCUGGGCUCAGCCGCCGGCUCAGCCUGGGCUCCAGCCUGGCCCCAGGCCCAGCUCCAGCCCCAGCCCAAAACCUGGGCCAGCUCAGCCCCUGGCCCCAGCCCGGCCCGUGCCUCAGCUCACCAGCCUGGGCUCAGCCCGGCCCCCAGCCCCGCCUCAGCCUGGGCCCGUGCUCCCAGCGCCCGCCUCAGCCACCCAGCCUGGGCCCAGCCCCGGCCCAGCCUGCCCAGCCAGCCCACCAGCCUCCUGCCUGUGCCCGCCCAGCCUGGCUCAGCCUGGGCUCUCAGCCUGGCUCAGCCUGGGCUCAGCCUGGCCUCCAGCCCGCCUCCAGCCUCCGCUCAGCCAGCCCCUGGGGCCAGCCAGCCUGGCCUGCUCCAGCCUGCGCCUCAGCCCGGCCUGUGCCUGGGCUCAGCCUGGGCUCAGCCUGGGCUCAGCCUGCCUGCGCCAGUGCCUGGCUCAGCCUGGCUCAGCCUGCUCAGCCUGCACCAGCCUGCUCAAUGCCUGCCUCAGCCUGGGUCAGCCUGCCUGCCCAGCCCUCAGCCCGUGCCCAGUCCUGGGUCCACCAGCCCGGCCCAGCCCCAGCCCCAGCACUGUGCCUGGCUCUGCCUGGCCCCAGCCCCGGCCCUCAGCCCCACCCAGCCCAGCCCCGGAGCCCGUCAGUCUGCCCCAGUCCUGCCCGGCCCCAGCCCAUUCAGCCUGCUCCCAGCCCGCCCCAGCCUGGGCCCCAGCCUGGCCUGCCCACCAGCCCGGCCUGCUCCAGCCCACCAGCCUGCCCAGCCUGCCUGCCUGGCCCAGCCCUGCCUCAGCCUGGCUCCAGCUCCCUGCUCCGGCCCCAGCCUGGGCCUCAGCCCGCCCAGCCCUGGGCUCAGCCCUCCGCCCUGCUCAGCCCCAGCCUCAGCUCAGCCUGGGCUCCCAGCCCAGGCUCCGCCCCUCAGCCUGCCCUCCAGCCCCGCCUCAGCCCGUGCUCAGCCAGUGCCCCGUCUCAGCUCCGCCUGCGCCCUGGCCUGCCUGCCUGGCUCGCCCUCAGCUCAGUCUCCGCCUCAGCCAAACCUGCGCCCAGCCUCACCAGCCUGCCUCAGCCUGCCUCAGCCCGCCUCAGCCUCAGCUCAGCUCCGCCUCCCGGCCUCGCCCGCUCAGCUGCAUCAGCCAACAGCCUGCCUCCGCCCAAGCCAGCUCAGCUGGCCUCAGCCUGCCUCGCUCAAAAUGCCCUGUUUUUGCUUCAGCUAA